GACGGGGACGGACGGCCGGGCCGGCGGCGCUUCCGGCGGGCGCUGAGCGGGGCCCGCCAUGGGCAUCCUGGAGAAGAUCUCGGAGAUCGAGAAGGAGAUCGCCCGCACGCAGAAGAACAAAGCCACCGAGUACCACCUGGGCCUGCUGAAGGCAAAGCUUGCAAAAUACAGAGCUCAGCUGCUGGAACCCUCCAAAUCCCCGGCUGCAAAGGGCGAGGGCUUCGAUGUGAUGAAAUCAGGAGAUGCCCGGGUGGCACUGAUUGGAUUUCCUUCCGUGGGGAAGUCCACGUUUUUGAGUUUAAUGACCUCGACCGCCAGCGAAGCCGCGUCGUACGAGUUCACCACGCUGACCUGUAUCCCAGGAGUCAUAGAAUACAAAGGAGCCAAUAUUCAGCUGCUGGAUCUGCCUGGAAUCAUCGAAGGAGCAGCUCAAGGGAAGGGCAGAGGCCGGCAGGUGAUCGCUGUGGCCAGGACAGCAGACGUUGUUAUCAUGAUGCUGGAUGCCACCAAGGGCGAAGUGCAGAGGGCCUUGCUGGAGAAAGAACUGGAAUCUGUAGGAAUCCGUCUGAACAAAAGCAAGCCCAAUAUCUACUUCAAGCCCAAGAAGGGUGGAGGCAUCUCCUUCAACUCCACUGUCACAUUGACUCAGUGCUCUGAGAAGCUGGUUCAGCUCAUCCUCCACGAAUACAAAAUCUUCAACGCCGAGGUCCUGUUCAGAGAGGAUUGUUCCCCCGAUGAGUUCAUUGAUGUGAUUGUAGGAAACAGGGUCUACAUGCCGUGCCUCUAUGUUUAUAACAAGAUUGACCAGAUAUCCAUGGAGGAGGUGGAUCGUCUUGCUCGGAGGCCCCACAGUGUUGUUAUCAGCUGUGGCAUGAAGCUGAACCUGGACUACUUGCUGGAAAAGCUCUGGGAGUACCUGGCACUCACCUGCAUCUACACCAAGAAACGGGGACAGAGACCAGACUUUACAGAUGCCAUUAUUCUACGGAAAGGGGCCUCUGUGGAACAUGUGUGCCAUCGGAUUCACAGAUCAUUAGCCAGCCAGUUCAAAUAUGCCUUGGUGUGGGGGACAAGCACAAAGUACAGCCCUCAAAGAGUGGGCUUAACCCAUAUGAUGGAGCAUGAAGAUGUCAUUCAGAUUGUAAAGAAGUAACUGCUGGUGCCUGGCCUUGUCUUUAAUCACUGCAAUUGGAACUGACCACGUAAAAACAAAACAAAAUACACCAAAAAAAAAAAGAAAAAAAAAGAAAGAAAAAGAAAAAGGGAGAUGUGUUCCAGAGCCAGGAAAGCUUCUGUGAAGCUCCUUCUCUUGGAGUAAGGCAGAAAAUGAGGCUACUGUGCUUGCAGGUGGGGAUGGGGAAGAUGGGUUUCCAUCUCACAGCAUUUCAGGCCAAGUAAUGUUUCUUAAAAAUUGAAAAGGAGCCAGUUCUUCUAGGACACAGUUCCACAACCAGCAGUGUCCUGCCCCUCCCAGGGUUUGCACAUGGAUCCAUGUGCAUUCCCAGUGGGAAGUGAUUGGUUUUGUGUGAACAAAUCUGUCCCUCUGCUUUGGGCUGAGAGAACAUUGCUUAUGCUUUGCUGCUUAUCCAUUCACUUAAUUGAAGCAUGGAUCUGAAACAGAAUCAGAGUUCUCACUCCCCUGCUCGCUGGACACAUCUCUGAAGCUGAGACAACCCCAAUUUUUAGUGGUCCCACCUCAAUUAACAUUGAAACCUGGCACUCUGUGCCUCUCCCUAGCCUUGCAGUGGGGUUUGUAGGACAUCCUGGUCCAACUGGUACUGAGAGAUGAGAAUUUUAACUGGUAAUUGUUAAUUAACCUGGCCAGACUGCAGUGGGGUACGAUCCAAGAUCCGUAGUCUGGGGUAAGGAUUCACUUCUGGCAUAUUGCUCAUCGAGGGGCUGCCUUGGGAGCUUCCUCCUUUCUUGGGCAGGAGCUGUCCUGCCCUUUAGUCCCCCAACCUGGGAUUCUCAUCAACCAUGCCCCUAAAUUCCAGUCACAGCUCUUUGGAGCUCAAGGCCAUGCCAUGAGCUUUACCCCAGCCCUGUUAAACACUGCUUGUCUGGAUAUUGUUCAUCAGAAAUCUGGGAUUUUUGUAAUCAUGCUUUUCCAUUGAAUACUAUUGCUAAACAAUUCAGAGUGCCUGAUAGAGGACAGCUCUUGUCUUCUGGGAUCAAGAGCUGCCAAUAGCUUUUAUUUUCUUUCAUUGGAAAAGGGUUCGGUCUGAUGUGGAUGCAGAACUGUGAGGACAGGUGUGACACCUGUCUGAGCAGGGUUCCUCCCCUCCUCCCUGCUCCUCCCCACCCCUCACAACCUGAUAGAGCAGAAAUGGAAGGAUUAUUUUAUUUGAGAAAAUAAAAAGUUGUUAUUUCAUGUGAA